AUGGCGGAUGCGCUGCGCUCCAAGCUAGGGGACCUGGAGGAUGAGCUGGACAGCGCCAACGAAGCCAAGGCGGAGCUGGAGGAGCAGCUCGGGAGCCUCAAAGAGCAGCUGGAGGCCAGCCAGGCGGAGGCUUUGAAGCUCAAGUCGGAGGCGUCCCAGGCUGGGGAGUCUGAGCUCGCGGAGGCGCGCAAAGCCUUGGCUCAGGCGCAGGAGGCGCUGCAGUCGCGGGAGGCGAAGCGGGAGAGACCAUCGUGCGAGAGAUGGGGAUGA